CAGUUCGGUAAGAAAAUUCCCACUCUAGUGACAUGUUUGAAAGUUUUUAACAUAGUUUUUGAAUAAAACACGCUAAAUAAGUAAAGGUAAAUUGACCAGAAUGUUUCCAGACGAGGUCUUUAAACACAACGUGGCGUUUUAUGUAACGUGUGUGUUGUCAACUGUUUUCCUCAGGCUGCCAUGUUAACUCCUACUGAAAGGAAGCAACAGCCAUAGUGACAGAGAAUAGCCCCAUUGGUUACCUUGGCUCCCGGCAGCAAUCCAUCUCAGUUUGUGCGGACUGAAGGGAAUAAAAAAAAAAAAAAAGUACUCUGAUGCACCCUCUUCUUUGAAAAUUGUGGCAGCAGAGCCGCUGGUCCGAGGCCUUAGGAAACUCCCUGAAGAUGUCGACUGGUCCUACUCAGGUGCCCUGAACCAGCACAACUGGGGAAAGAAGUACCCGCCCUGUAACAGUGCCCGGCAGUCUCCUGUGGACAUCGACGAGAUGUUUACCCAGGUCCGGCUGCAGUACCAGAAUCUACAGCUAGAAGGCUGGGACAAACUCACCGCAGAGUCCAGCACCAUCCACAACAACGGAAAGGCUGUCUCCCUCCGUGUGGAAGGGGACUUCUUUGUUAGCGGAGGAGGGCUGAGCUCCAGGUUCCGUGUUGCUACAAUCACCUUCCACUGGGGGCACUGCAAUGCCACAUCAGAUGGAUCUGAACACAGCCUGAAUGGGAUGAAGUACCCUCUGGAGAUGCAGAUCCAUUGUUAUGAUCCAGAUGACUUCCCAAGUCUGGAGGACGCUAUUAGAGAAGGAGGGAGGAUCGCUGCAUUGGCAGUGCUCUUCGAGGUCAGCUUGGAAGACAACGAGAACUUCCGUCCUGUAAUAGAGGCCGUCAACACUGUCAGCCGGUUUGGUAAGAGCGGGUCGAUGGAAGCUUUCACCCUGCGGUCCUUGAUGCCGAAUAACACAGACAAAUAUUACAUCUACAAUGGCUCCCUAACUACACCUCCCUGCUCUGAAACGGUGGAGUGGAUUGUCUUUAAACACACUGUGGCCAUAUCAGAAACACAGUUGGAGGUGUUUUGUGAUGUGAUGACCGUGCAGCAGGCUGGAUAUGUGAUACUGACGGAUUACCUGCAGAGCAACUUCAGGGAGCAGCAGCAGCAGUUCAUGGGUCAGGUGUUUGCCUCAUACACCGGAGUGGAGGAAGUGCUCACACCCACCUGCAGCUCGGAGCCAGAGAACAUUCAGGCCGACGCCCAGAACAACACAACCAUCAUGGUGAUGUGGGAGCGUCCCCGCGUGGUUUACGACACAACCAUCGACUGGUACACCGUCACAUACCAGAGGCUACAGGGCCGAGACCAGAGCAAGAAGGAGUACAGGACAGACGGGGACCAGGACGUGGGUGCCAUCAUCCCUAACCUGCUGGCCAACAGCAGCUAUGUGGUUCAGGUGGUUGCUAUUUGCACCAAUGGACUCAGAGGACGAUGGAGUGACCAGAUCAUAGUGGACAUGCCGUUAGAUGACCCUGAAAGUGAUUCGGAUCCCGACGCCAUCACAAAGAAUUUGGAAGGCCUUAAGGAGGUCUCAUCUAAAGCCAAAUCGGAGAAGCCAGAGAACCAGAAUUGGGGGGAUUUGUCUCCAGAGGACCACAGCCCUGUGGAGGAGAUCCCAGUGGAGCAGACCAGAGUUUACCAGAACCAGCCUUCCCACCACCAGAACCUACCAUUCCAGGUCAGCACCCCAAAGACUCCCCAUGAGUCCGCCGUUCUACAGAAACCUCAAUCCAACCAGAAUGGGGAAAAGAAGCCGGACCAGAACGGUCCUAGUCCCGAUGACAUGGAUCAGAACUGGGUUUACGAGGACAGUGAUCCAACACACGGGCCGCUUACUAACGCCGGUUUUGACAGCAACGGCGCAAUAUGGGUCACUGAGGUAACCGAGCAGCCGGGGUUUCUGUUUCCAGUAGCUCGGACAAACACACUGCCGGCGGUUCGCCGACAAAUCACAGAAGAGGCCUCGUUGUCAGUGUUACCACAUCAGUCAAGGGAUCCCAGUACACAAGACCAAGCUGGAGAAAGUGGCCUCCCUUCUCCCCAAACGGACGUCUACACCCCUCCUGUGGAGGACGUCCAAGUCACAGAUAUCUUCUAUGAAGACACAGUCAACAGCUCUCCACUAGAAAGCAACACCUCAGCUGCAACAGUGUCUUCUUCUUCUGCUGCUUCUGUGUUGCCAGGUAAUAAAGUGGACAAAGUCUCACUUCUGUCCUCUGAAGACAGCGAGGUACUUGUGAGCAAACCUCUACCAGAAACCACCACCUCUGAUUCCUCCAGCCCGCCCCCCCUCUGGAUCACAGCGAGGGCUGCCACCCCCGGCAACACGCUGGCUGAGACCGUCUACAAAUCAUUCACCACCUCCUCUCUCCUCAGGGCACUGAUGCAUACAACCCAGCCCAUGUUCAACGAGGGAAGCAACAGCAGCCACGAAUCUUGGGUCGGGCUGGUCGCAGGUCUGGAGAGGGAGAAGAGGACAGUUGUUCCUCUGGCUGUCGUCUCCACUCUCACCAUCCUCUGUCUGCUGGUGCUGGUGGGCAUACUGGUCUAUUGGAGAAACUGUUUCCAGGUGGCUAAUUUCUACCCAGAUGACAGUGCGUCACCUAAAGUCAUAUCAGCUCCAUCUACACCCCUGCUGCUGGCCACAGACGGUCACGAGCCGCUGUCGGUGAAACAGUUUGUGAAGCAUGUCAUGGAGCUGCACACCACCAACACUUUCUCCAAGGAGUUUGAGAUUGUCAAAGAAUCCUAUGAGGAAGUGCAGGCGUGCACAGUGGAGAUCGGCAUCGCUGCAGACAGCUCCAAUCACCCGGACAACAAAAGCAAGAACAGAUACAUAAACAUUCUGGCCUAUGACCACAGUCGGGUCAAACUGUCCAACAGUUUGGACAGAGAUGGGAAAUGUGGAGACUACAUCAACGCUAACUUUGUAGAUGGUUAUGAGCGAACGAGGGCGUACAUCGCGGCUCAGGGGCCUCUCCGAGCGGGCCGGGAGGACUUCUGGAGGAUGAUCUGGCAGCAGAAUGUUGGAGUUAUUGUCAUGAUCACCAACCUCAAGGAAAAAGGACGGACUAAAUGUGACCAGUACUGGCCAGAGGAGAACCAGGAAGAAUACGGCCCAUACCAGGUGACCCUGAAAAGCAGCAAGACACUCGCUUACUACACACUGCGGACAUUCACUGUCAGAGAUACCACAAAUAAGGUUUCUCAGAGGAGAGUUGAACACACCGUCCUCCAUUACCACUACACCCAGUGGCCAGACAUGGGCGUCCCAGAAUACACUCUGCCUGUCCUGUCCUUCAUCAGAAGAUCCUCCCGGGCGCGGACACAGGAGAUGGGACCCGUACUUGUACACUGCAGUGCCGGUGUUGGAAGGACCGGAACCUACAUAGUGAUAGACAGCAUGCUGCAGCAGAUCCAGGAUCAGGGUACGGUGAACGUUCUUGGUUUCCUGAAACAUGUCCGAACGCAGAGGAACUUCCUGGUUCAGACGGAGGAGCAGUACGUGUUCAUCCAUGACACUCUGGUGGAGGCCAUCUUGAGCCGUGGCACCUCGGUGACCUCUGACCUCCUCCACACUUAUGUGUCUGACCUUCUAACCCCUGGGGCGUUAGGCAGGACGCGCAUGGACAAACAGUUUAAGUUGAUCAGUCAGCGUCAGGCCAAGCACGCAGACUACAGCACCGCCCUGAGAGACGGCAACGCUGAGAGGAACAGAGCCAGAGCUCUGAUGCCUGUGGAAAGAUCACGAGUGUGUCUGACCGCUGCUGAGUCCAACUCCACUGGGUACAUCAACGCCUCCUACGUCAUGGGACAUCACCAUAGUAAGGAGUUCAUAGUGAGCCAGACUCCUCUGAGCAGCACGGUGGCAGAUUUCUGGAGAAUGAUCUGGGAACACGGCACACACACUGUUGUCUGUCUGCCAGACACACACUCUCAGAGUGAACAGGGGGAGUCUUGUGUUUACUGGCCCAGUAAAGACCAGCCAAUGAGCUUUGAGGGUUUCACUGUGUCGUACUUGGGGGAGGAGCAUAUGUGUCUGUCCAAUGACGAGAGACUUUUGGUGCAGGACUUUACAGUGGACACUCCAGAGAACAAUUAUGUGUUGGAGGUGCGUCAGUACAGCGCCGCCUGCUGGCCCAACCCAGACAGUCCCAUUAGGAACUGUUUUGAUCUGGUCAGCACAGUCAGAGAGCACAGCAGACAUUCAGACAGACCCACAAUCAUACACGAUCCGCUGGGCGGUGCUACAUCAGGGCUGUUCUGUGCCCUAACCACCCUGUCCAGUCAGCUAGAGGAGGAGGGAGCUGUAGACGUCUACCAGGUGGCACGGAUGACCAACCUCAUGAGGCCUGGUGUUUUCAAUGAUUUAGAGCAGUACCAGUAUCUGUAUCGAGCUGUGCUGAGUGUGGUGAGCAGCCAGGAAGACCAGAGAGCCCUGCAGAGUCCAGAAACCAAUGGAUCCGUACCACUGGGACAGACAAACAUCGCUGAGAGCCUGGAGUCACUCAUGUAGACACAGGCACAAACAACACACAAACAUGCCACAUACACAAAAAUAUGUAUUACACACCCACACACACACACACACACACAGACUGAGUGCUUUGGUGACUGAGGUUUAGUCUGACAUGAGAUGAGAGGGUAAACACCAUAAUUUCUGUUUCUGUGGUUCACAGCUGGGUCCGCUGAGCACGUGGCAGGUUUAGACAGAUCAUUAAAAGUGAUGACCUUUACUUACUGUGUCACACUGUCAGCGUUAGUAUGCACAGCAGCCUGAGCUGCAGCAUCCACCAGACACAGAGCUUAUUCCUGAUGUUUAACCCUCAUGUCAGACCCAGUGACCAUCCGGCCAUGAUGUGACUCAUCCUUUAAAAGGGCAAAGGUACCACUUUCCAAUAAGGCACUGCUUAUAAAGGAUUUCAUUUUAGUUAUAAUUGGUGAAUACAUAAUGUACUCAUGCUUCUUAGAUCAGUUAUAAGUAUUUCAAACAAUGUUUGUGUUGCCAGGUUGUUAAACUCCCUUUGACUGGUCAAAUAGUUCUUUUUGGAACAGAGCUUUGGACAAUAAGGACCGAAAUCCAUUUAGUCAAAUUAUAACUAUGUUCUUAUUGGCUUAUUAGACAGUGAGAACAAAAUGAGCAUUUAAUAAGGGUAUAUUAUGAAGUAUUUAAAGAAAAACUGAUUAGAUAGAUAUAGAGGAAUAAAAAAAUAGUCCUUUUCCAUCAUCAUCAAUGGAAGUGCGUCGUGGUAUUUUGAUUCUCUCUUUCCUUCUCAUUUUGCUGAGUGCGGGACGUUUAUGGGUGUCAGCAAAAAGCCUUUGAACCCCACGUGGGUGGGUAACCCCACUGCCAAUAAUCAUAGAGGAUGUGCAGCCAGUUCUCAUAUCCAAUACCGCCGCUUGAUCACAGAUGAAGCUCUGCAUUCACACUGAAUCUCUCGCGGACGUACCGGUGUGUUUAUUUGUGCUUUGGAAAAUAUACGCUGUUAAACAAUCAGAAAACGUUUUUAUUUCUACGAUUCACUGCUGUGCGACGCUCCCUCUCUUCAUUCACUCUCUAGCUCAACCACCACUGCUCUCUCUCUCUGGCUCAUUUAGCCGGGGAGGAGCGGCCAACUGUGAACGCUGUUUAGAAACGGUAAAGCCUGGAUUCCACCAGGCACGCAGGCCGUGGUUUUGUUCCAUCGCUCGCCAUGUAUACCACACGGGGAGCAUCUCAGAAGCAGAGCGUCUUGCGCAGACACGCCUGGUAGAAUUAAGGGGUACGCAAUACCUCCUACAUAUUAUAACUUUAAUGAAUUACUAAGAUGUAUAGUACCAGUCAAACGUUUGUCAAAAUGUUUCAAUUUGGGCUGGUACUGUAUAUAACUGCAUUUUUGCUGAGUAGAAAGGACAAACACAAGCCAAUGGGAUUUUUGCCAACCCAAUAACUUAUCUAUAAAAAAAGCAAAUGAUUAAUUGACCAUUACUAAAGCAAUUAGUUACAAUUUCUUUGUAAGAGGUUCAUCAUUAGAAAGUUGUACCAAAAAAGCUUCACUGCCUUUCCAACAAGAACCAACAAACUUUCCAACUGUGUAUCUGUUGCUGGUCAGCAUGGAGCCUGAAGCUGCAGAGAGGAGAGGCCAAACACCUUUUGAAGUGAAUUUGAAAUGAACAAAUGUGAAGAAAAAAAAUCACAAAGAAUUUCUACCUAAAAUGAAUUUCUCUUUUCAUUGGAAAUAAUUUUUCUUAAUGAUGAAAGGAGUCAUCUGUUUAAUUCCAACAACAGACCUACCUUAAAAUUCUUAACUUGUCUAUUUUAGUCUUUCAUUAACAUGUAUUUCUUUGUUUAGUGGUCUCUUUGCCUUUUGCUAAAAGACAGAAAUAAAUAUGAAUAAAAAUUGAAAUUAGCAAACUGGCAAAUCAAACUUUAUAUAUUAGAUGAUAGUAGAACAAGAUGACUUCAAUGUUAAAAAAGGGAAAUUAUGCAUUCUCCUAAACUUUUGUUUCCCUACACAUUAACCAGCAGAUUUUGGGGCUCAAACUACCACGUAUCCUUAAUAAGAGGAAUAUUCUGAAUAACCAAAAUCUCCUAAGGCCUCACUAGUGACACUUAAUCAACUGCUGUUGAAUUUCUCUGUUCAUGUCUUGUUGCCACUGGCUCCAUGGUCUCUGGUUGCCCGUGCCUUUUGUAAUUCAUGUUAAUGUACUUUAAACCUGCUUUGAUACAAAACUGUGUGACUAAUAUGCCAAAAUAAUGAGCUGUGAUUUUGUUUUUCUCUUGCGGAGUGGGGAAACAUGCCAUUGGAUGUUUUGUAAAAGAUGCAAUCCAUACAAAAUCUAUCUUUUUGAGUAUCAUCACAGACAGUCCCUGUGAACCUGAUAAGUAAUGAACUAGCAAUUAUUAGAAUCGGAGACAGUUGCCAUAUUUUUGCAAACAUUUAGUGUCGAGACAAAUCAGUGGAAAGAAACUAUACGUACUGAUAUUCUGUUAAACUUUUGACAGCACAGACUGAAAAUGAAAUUCAGAAGCUGAGACUUCCUGUGCGUCCCUAUGCCACUAGCUAUGACUGUUUUCACAAUGAGGGAGUCCGGCUGUUUACAUUGUGAACAAUCAACCUCUCAAUCCCUUUCAAACAAUGCUGCCGCUUCUAUCUGGGCCUGUUUUGCGUCCACUCCGUACCAUUUGUUAAGCUCAUGUGGGGAAGCAAAAUGGCACAAAUCAUAGAGGCUGCUGUUACUGAGCCAGACAGCGAUUCAAACCAGGUCUAACCCUAAUGUCGGAACUCUUUGUGUAAAUAUCCCAAAAUACAUCAUAAGGCCAAAUGAUGUAUGUUUAUAAUGUAUCUCUAUAUAUUUUCUAUUUUACUAUAUAAAAGAAGUGAUUUUCUAGUCAUUUACAAAUAUACAGUAUAACUGUGUGGAUUUGAUCAAUUUAGCCUGGAUAUAUUGAUUAUGUUCAUAGUUUUAAUGGAAUGUUAUCUCUUUUUAUCUUUACGAUUAAAGUAGCAGCUUAAUGUCUAUACCUUCAUCUCCAGCCAUAAACUGGUGCAGUAUGUAAAUAGCAACAGGUUGAAGCGACACGAUUUAAGAUUUGUUUCCAAACUUGUUUAUGAUUUUAAACUUCUUUCUUUUUCCAGGAGGGGAAAAAA